AUGGUCGGAAGUGGAAGCAUCAUACAAGGAGGCUUACCAAUCUUUAAUGGUAAGAUGUUUGAUGAUUGGAAGAUAAAGAUGAAGGCUGUGUUUCAGUUCCAAGAUGUGGCAGAAAUAAUUGAAACGGGUCUUGGAGAGCUUAGCAGCAAAGCUACAUACGAAGACAAGAAGAAUUAUAGGCUGCAUCAGAAGUUGGACGACAAAGCAAGGUUCUUGUUGUACCAAUGUGUAGAUUCACAAAUCUUUAACAAGAUUUCACAAGCUGAGACAGCAAAAGAGGCUUGGGAAAUAUUGAUUAAGACAUAUGGUGAUGAUAAGCACAAGACAGUGAAACUGCAAGCGUUAAAAAGGAAGUUUGAAUUUUUGAUGAUGGAAGACAGCGAGACAGUAGCUCAAUACUUGAACAAAAUUCAAGAACUGGUGAAUGCGAUGAAAUGUUGUGGUGAUAAAGUGUCAGAACAACACGUAAUACACAAGGUAUUAAGGUCACUUCCUCCUAAAUUUGAUCACUUAGUGAUAACUAUAGAAGAAACAAAGAAUCUUGCGACACUGGAGAUAGAGGAACUCCAACACUCUCUGGAAGCACACGAGUUUAGGAUGGAUGAUCGUAAACACUGCCAAGAACAGGCGUUACAGGUCAGAACAACUUACAACACAAAGGCAAAAAGCUUCAAGAAAGAAGGAAAGCACCGCAAGAAGCAAGAAGAGAAAUCUGAAGAUGAAUCCAAGGCUGGAAAAGAUCAGAAGAGACAAGGAAAAGAUGACAAGGAGUGGAAGAAAAAAAUUGAAGUGUUAUAA